ACUAGAACGAGAACAGGAAGAGUUUAAAACAAAUGGAGAAAUCCAAAUUAAAAUCCAGGAACCGGUUUAGCUGGAGCCCAGGAUGGGUGGGCGUACCCAGGACCAGGGACAAGUCCCUCCUCCUCGACUACUAUGACUCCAUCAGUUUGAGUUCCAACAUGGAGGAAACAGUAGAAGAUCUGAUCCUGAUCCAGGUGAAGGUACCGGAUAUCAAUGUUGAGAAAACCCUUCAGUUUUCCAGGUGCUCCCUGAUCUGGGAGGCCAAACAGCAGAUCCUCGCAGCUUUGCCAAAGGUUUCCACUUGGUACAGGGAGUUGGAUGAAGGGUUUAACUAUGGACUGUUCCUGCCCCCAAACAACUGUAAGGCUGGCAAGUUUAUGGAUGAAGAGAGAACCCUCUCCGAGUACCCCUUCCAGUCUACACUCAACACCAUAGAGAUGAAAUACAAACGGAAAGUUUACAAAGAGCUGAACCUGGAUCAGAAACAGUUGAAACAGAUUAAUUCUAAGAGCAACCAGAAGAAGUUCAUAGAGUACAUCUCCAGUAACAACGUGGAGAAGAUCUCGAAACUGAUUAAUAAAGGGUUGGAUCCCAACUUCCAUUGUCCAGACUCAGGAGAGACACCCCUGAGCCUGUGCACCAGAAAUCCUAAAUCCUCUCGGAGUAUUCUGGUCUUAGUCAACGGAGGAGCUCUCAUAGAUUACCGGACUAAGGAUGGAUCGACUGCAAUGCAUAGGGGUGUAAGUGGUAACAACUAUGAGGCUGUGAAGACCAUGUUGGAUUUAGGAGGCUCCCCUAACUAUAGGGACGGGAAGGGGCUCACCCCUCUCUACCUCUCAGUUGCAGGGAACACCGAUCCUAACAUCACGCAGGUUUUGCUGCAUGAGAGAGCUGUUAUUGGAACCCAGGAUUUACAGGGCUGGGCAGAAGUUCACCAGUGUUGUCGCAGUGGACUUGUUCAGCAUUUGGAGUACCUGCUUUUUUAUCAGGCGGAUUGCAAUGCGAGAAAUGCAAGUGGGAAUACACCUUUACAUGUCUGUGCUGUCAAUAAUCAGGAUGGGUGUGCCCGACUUCUUCUAUUCCGAGGAGCGGAUAGAGAAGUUCUCAACUACGCCGGUCAAACUGCAUACCAGGUACAAAUUCAGUGUGCGCGGCGCCGCUUUUCCGCGUGGCAUUUUCACUGUAGAUAUUGAACAGAAUAAAUACAC